AGUCGCAUAGCUACCUGCCUUGAUCGAUUGUAAGGUACCCUAUAACUGGAAAAGGAAGUAAAUUGUCUCCGACGAAAGUAAUGCUUGUGAUUACACUGCCAUAAAAACCACCGUAUACUACUACAAUGUACAGGUCUACAAGCGCCACGGACAGACAAAGGCGUUUCAGGUCUGCUCAUACAAAGGUCAGGCCUACCAGCGCCAAGGAUAGUCAAAUGCGGUAUUUAUCAAGGCAAACAGAGCAAGAACCUAAAGAAUGUUGUCCCCUAUUAGUAGCAGCCAUUGAUUUUGGAACUACGUAUUCAGGAUGGGCGUUCUCCUUUAAGAAUGACUUCGACAAAGAUCCAACAAAAGUGUGUGCCAAAAACUGGACAGGUGAUCAGCUGGUAUCAUCAAAAACUCCAACAUGUGUCUUAAUAAACCCUGAUGGAAAAACGCUUGAUUCGUUUGGAUAUGAAGCAGAGACCAAGUAUGCUGAACUUGCUACUGAUGAGUUACACAAACCAUGGUUCUUUUUCCGAAGGUUUAAAAUGAUGUUAUUUGAUAAAAUGAAAAUUCAAAGGCAAGUAACUCUAGAGGACGAAACAGGAAAGAGAUUACCAGCAAAAACUGUUUUCUCACUGGCAAUUCAUUUCCUGAAAAACGACCUACUGAAAGAAUGUCAUAAUCAACUUGCUGAUGUCCUGCAAGAAGAAGAUAUUCAGUGGGUGCUGACAGUGCCUGCAAUCUGGAACGACGCUGCCAAACAGUUUAUGAGGGAAGCUGCUGAAGAUGCUGGUAUUCUAAGAUCGAAGCUAAUGAUCGCACUUGAACCAGAAGCAGCGUCACUAUUUUGCCGGCAUCUAGCUGUUCAAAAAGGCGAUGAGGAUAUGUCCUUAGCAUCAUUUAAAUCAGGAACUAAAUACAUCGUAGUGGAUGCAGGAGGCGGUACUAUUGACAUUACGGUACACCAAGUUAUUGUAGACGGAAAACUACGAGAGUUACACAAGGCCAGUGGAGGAGCUUGGGGAGGUACAGAGGUUGAUAAAGCAUACGAACAAUUCAUUGCAUGUGUUGCAGGGAAAGAAACUUUUCAAGUAUUCAAGGAAGAGCACAUGGACGACUACAUCGAUUUAUUUCGAACGUUCGAGGUAAAGAAACGAGAAAUUUCCCCACAACAAUCGACCAAGGUGACAUUUCGUAUUCCACCCUCGCUGGCUGAAACUAUCCUUGAAGCUACAGGACAUACAAUUAAGGACAGGAUUUUGUUAUCAGAGUAUCGUGAUCAGGUUUGGUAUCAGAGCGGAAAAUUAAGAGUUGAUGCAGAUGUAACAAGGACGUUCUUUCAAAAGUCAGUUGAUAGCAUUAUUACACAUAUAUCUUCUUUAACUGAAAAGCAAUCAGCGCGAAACUAUGAGGCAAUUUUAAUGGUGGGAGGAUUUUCUGAGUCAAAAGUACUGCAAGAUGUCAUUAGAAACAAGUUUGGUGAUGGGAUGAAAAUAAUCAUUCCUGAGGGCGCUGGUCUUGCUGUUUUGAAAGGUGCAGUAAUAUUUGGUCAUCGUCCAAGUACAAUAGCAGAGAGAAUAUGCAAAUAUACUUAUGGAGAAAGUAGUAACCAUAGAACAUCAGAAAACUGCAAGCAUCCUCCCACAAAAACACGUGAUUAUGAUGGAGUGAAGUAUUGCAGAAACAUAUUUGAUAAACAUGUAACUGUAGGACAGACAGUAAAGCUGGAAGAGGAACAAAAGGAAAUGAUUUCAUACCCUAUUUCUGACGAUCAGACAGAAAUAUGCUACAAAAUAUAUACCUCUUCAUUACCGGAUCCUCUUCUAGUUACGGAACUAGGUUGCGUAAAAGUCGGCGAGAUUACAAUACCUAUCCUAGAUACAACACUCGGAAGAAAACGAAAAUUUGGAAGCAGAUUUAUCUUUGGUGGAACAGAAAUAGCUGUUAAAGUUGAAGAUAAAGCAACAGGUGAAGUUCACAUUCAGACAGUAGACUUUUUGGAAUGAGAUCUAUAAAUACAAUGAUACAAAUAUAUGAACAAUGUUCAUGACUCUGUGUGUUAAUGAUUAAAAAUUAUACACGACGAGUUUGUACUUUUUAGUACAAUAAGUAAAUGAACAAUAUUUAUUGUUACGAAAUUAUAAGACAGACAACUGUGACGUGAUAAGCUGCCAUAUUUAUGAAUCAAAUGAUGAAGACAGAGGUUUAAAGUAGCAAAAGAUAAUAGGUAAGAGUAGAUUUCUGGGCAGCACUGUGCACCACAAACACAACCUCAGAGCCACGCAUUUGUAAAGAAGGCCCACAACAAAAAGCAAGUAAAGAACGAAUUGAUGUGCAGAUGCUAUUGUGAGGGCUGUCAUCAGUGUUAAUUUUUUCAAAAGCAAAGCGCAAUAGAAAUUUGACAGUUGAUGAUCCAGCACAGAAGAUGUCAGUGUUGAUUUAAGGAAACGAAAUUGCAUAGUUUUAAACGACAUAAUAAGUGCAUUAUAUCGCGACUAUAUGGCGUUAUGUCGCCUCGCAAGGGCGACAAUAUGACAUACUAUUUGUCGAGUUGUGAUGUUCCCUUAUAUCGACCGGCAAACACGUCAACUCAGCCAUAAAAUUGAACAGAACUGCAAAUUUGUUCCAAAUUAUUAACGUAAGAAGGUGGAACUGAGAACUUGAAUUUGAUUUUACAUGCAUUAAAAGGUCGACUUAUUUACUUUACCAGGGUUCUAUUAUUGAGUACAUGUCUAACAGACAAUGACAAUUGCUAGACAAAAAUCUAUUUUGUGGCCAUUUGUUUAGUCCACUUCCAAACCUGUUCUUCUUAAAAAUAGUUAAAUGGCAUAACUUUAUUUUUCUGAACGUUUUAUAUGGUCCUACGUUUUCAGUUUAUCUAGUCACGGUGUUACACUUACGAUUUAUUACAAGUUAUGAUCUUGCGAGGCUACUUUUCAAUAGCCAAGUAUAUUGCUAAAGAAAAAGAUUUUAGUAAAAGUCCACUACUUGUAAGGAGUGAUAUGCAAAAUUUCAUACCCUGUUUGUGUCUAAAAAUUCUAUAAUUUUUAAGACAGUGAUGGAUUAUAAUCGCACACUUCAAAUUGACACGGAUAUAACUUUUGAAUGUACACUACUGGAUGUACAUACCAUUAAACAUGGUUUAAAACCCUGUAAAAUAUCCACUAAAAUAGGAAAAACUGUUAAUUAACCCCAUUAAUUCUUGCAUCACUUUAUUUAACGGGUUUCACAAUAUUAAUGGGUUACAUGUUAAAAUACCAUUAAAACACCCAUUUUUGACCAUAAAUCAUGCUGUUAAAAUUUUAGUUUGGUAGCUAAAAAAGUUAAUGGCUUUGAGAAAAUGGUGAAAUUCUGUAUAUUUUGAAUUUAACAGGACUAUUCAUUGCCCUUAAAUUCGAUUUAAUGCCCAUUAAAUGUUCAGGUUCUGUACGAUUUCAUUUUAGAGUAAACUUAAUGGCCCUUAACAGCAAUUUGAUGCCCAUUAAAUCCAACGUUCUGUAAAAUGUGAUUCGUAUAUUUUCAGAAGCACAAAAAAUAUAUAUUUUUUUUUUGUUUUUGGCUUGCACUCGUCUCAUUGAAUGCUUAUAAUUCCAGUCCCAUAUUGUUCUAAAAUGGACUUUAAUCAAAAUAAAUACAUACUACGUACACAUUGCCUAUAAUAACAGGUAUAUCAUGAUGUUAUAUUUAGUUGCAUUAAAGUUAUUUCUCUUUGA